CUUACCUCCACAUAUUAACUGAAAAUGCCGGCUGCUGUAUAUCACUAUUUCCCCGUGAAGGCUUUGGGCGAGCCUAUCCGUCUGCUGCUGUCUUACGGCGGCCAGGAGUUCCAGGAUGAUCGUAUUCCAAAUGAUAAGUGGCCGGAGUACAAACCAAAGACCCCAUUUGGCCAGAUGCCAGUUCUGGAGCUGAAUGGUAAGGUAUACACCCAGAGUGUGGCGAUUGCAAGAUAUCUGGGCCGUAAGUACGGGCUGACCGGUGCUGAUAUUGAAGAAGACUUCCUCAUCGACCAGUACGUGGACUUCCUCAACGAUAUCCGUUCAAAGUCAGCUGCAGUACACUAUGAAACAGACGCUGCACUCAAGGCAAAGAAACACGAGGAGAACGCGAAAACCCUGUACCCCUUCCUGCUGCAGAAACUGGAUGAGAUUAUAAAGCAAAACAACGGCUACCUUGUAGGCGGAAAGUUGACAUGGGGAGAUUUCGUGUUCACGGGAUUGUACGAUUACCUCAAGGUGAUGAUGCAGGCUCCGGACCUGGACACAAAGUACCCCAGAUUCAAGAAGUUGUACGAUACAGUACAGUCCUUGCCAAAGGUGAAGGAGUACGUUGCGGCUGCGCCACCAACUGAAUGUUGAAGGUGUUUAACUAGAGGAGGUUUAUAUCAAGAGUUGCUGUAGGAAUUGUACGAUGACUUGGCCCCACGUU